AUGCAGCGCUGCUGCGGCGCUGCUGCUGCUGCAGCUGCUGCUGACAGGUGCAACACGGAGGCAGCACCAGCAAAUGCAAGCGAGCAGGGCGCGCCGCCAGUUGCUGCUGCUGUUGCAGCAGCAGCAGCAACAGCAGCAGCAGAAGCAGCCACAAAGCGCUUGAAGGUUGCCACAGAUGGAGCAGCACAAUUGGCACCGGCAACAGCAGCAGCAGCAGCAGCAGCAGAAGCAGACGCAGCAACAGCAGCAGCCGCAGCAGAUGCAACAGCAGCAGCUGUUGGGGAACCAGUAGAGCCACCCAACGCAGCAGCAGCUGCAGCAGCAGCAGGAGCAGCAGCAGCAGCAGCAGGAAAGGCGACAUCACCCAAAUCUGCAGCAGCAAUAGCAGCAGCAGAAGGGAAGGCAAAAUCCCCCAAAUCAGCAGCAGCAGCAGCAGCAGCAGCAGGAAAGGCAGCAUCCUCCAAAUCAGCAGCAACAGCAGCAGCAGCAAAUGGUGGAGGAGGAAGUGUUGAAGCAGCAGCCUGCUGUUUCUGCGGUGGCAGCUGCAGGGAGUUGAGUGCAUGCGCUGCUGCUGCAGCAGCAGCAGAAGCAGCAGUAGAUUGUGCAUUGCUGCGCUGCAGCAGCAUACUUGGGCAGCUGCAGCUGCUGCCUUGCUGCUGCAGGCUGCCGCUGCAUGCAGCAACAGAUGCUGUUGAGUUAGCUAGUCUGCAUAGACUUGUUGCUUCUGUUGCAGGUAAUAAAGCCCCAUUGCAUGCAGCAGACGACAGCAGCAGCAGUAGCAGCAGCAGCAGCAGCAGCAGCUCCAACGGUACUCCUGUAUCCAGAGGCAAACGAGCAGCAAGCAGCAGCAAAAGUGCUGCUGCUGCUGCACAUAACCAAAGAUGCAGCUGCUGCGGUGCUGCUGCAGAUAGCUGCAGCUGCAAUAGCAGCAAUAGCAGCAACAGCAGCAGCAACAGCAGCAACAGCAGCAACAGCAGCAGCAGUACUACAACAACAACCACCGCCAGCAGCACGAGCAGCUGCAGCACGAGCAGCAGAGAGAGUCCUAAUCAGCAGGACAAUCGUCGUCAUCAUCUACAGCAGCGUCAGCAGCAGCAGCAGCAGGAGCAGCAGCAGCAAGAUGUGUCUGCUACUGCUACUGCUGCUGCUGCUGCUGCUGCUGCUGCUGCUUCCUGCUUCCGUCAAGGAUCCGUCCCUGCCCCCCUCUUACGUCACCAAGCGCUGCAGCAGCUGCGGGGGGGACUUCGUGCUGCAGUAACAGAUGCAGCAAGCGAGGGGUUGCUUAUAUAUUUCUUCUCUCCUUGCUGCAGCAGCAACAGCAGCAGCAGCAGCAGCAGCAGCAGUGGGGCAUUCGUGCUGCGCUGCGGCUUGCUGCUAGAGUAUAUUGCUGAUGGGGAUGCAUGCCUUUCCUGGGCAUUUGUAGCAAAAGGUUUAUCUGCUGCAGCAGAGAAGCAGCUGCUGCUGCUGCUGCUGCUGUUUGCUGCUGCUGUAUUCCUUAAGGAUAUGCCAUACACCAGCGGAAAUACACAGCUGCCUAUACACCCCAAUUCUCCAUUCCCUCUGCACUCUCCUCAGGUGUAUAGGCAGCUUCUUGCUGAGCAGCAGCUGCUGCUGCCCUUGCUGCAGCAACACUGCAACGUACGAUUUAUACCCGCUCCCCCUGCAACAGCUGCAACAGCAGCAGCAACAGCAGCAGCAACAGCAGCAACAGCAGCAGCAACAGCAGCAACAGCAGCAAAAGGUUCAUCAGACCGCGCCUCCAACGGUGUUAAGCCGCAUGAAGCAGCAAAAGCAGCAGCAAGAGAAUCUUCUGCUGCUGCUGCUGCUGCUGCUGCUGCUGCAGCAGCAGCAGCAGCAGAAGGUGUUUGCUGCAUUCCUUCUCGUCCUGUGAAUCUUCGCUGCAGAUUAACAGCAGACUCUAGCGACCUGCUGCUGUGUCCCCGUUUGCUGCUGCUGCUGCUGCAGCAGGAGCCCUUCUCUCGUUGGCUGCUGCAUAGGGAGCCAGAUUGCCCAGAAGCAGAAGCAGCAGCAGCAGCAGCAGCAGCAGAUGCAGCAGCAAGAAGAGGAGAACGUGCAUGCAGCAGCAAACGUAAAAAACGCAGCGAAGCAGCAAAUAACAACAGCAACACAGACACAGGAGACUCUCUGCAGCAGCAGCAACAGCAGCAGCAGCAGCAACGACAGCAGCAAAGACGUGCUGCUGCUCUUGCUGCAGCAGGAUUCACUGCAGAUGGACAAGUUGCUCAUGAUAACCUAAGAGAUGCUUCCUGCUGCUGCUGCAUGCAGCAGCAGCAAUGGUCACGACGUGUUGCUAUUAUAGAUGCUGCUGAGCUCUCUCUUAAGAUUAUACCCGAGCUGCUGCAGCUGCAGCAGCAGCAAGAGCAGCAAGAGCAGCAAGAGCAGCAGCAGCAGCAGCAAGGGCAGCAGCAAGAACAACAGCAGCAGCAGCAGCAAGGGCAGCAGCAAAAAGGAAGCAUUGGAUGGGCUCCUAGUCCAGUGUUGCUGCAGGGACUGCAGCAACUGCAGCAUCAGGAGCUGUUUGCAUGCGGCAGCAGCAGCAGCAGCAGCAGCAGCAGCAGCAGCAGCAGCAGCAGCAACAGGAUAAAUGCUCCUUGUACUCGUGUCUGUGAGGAAUUGCUGCGGCUGCAGGGGACACAUAAACAUAUAAAAAGAUGUAGAGCUAUGCUAGCAGGUGUACGUACACCGCAGCAGCAGCAGCAGCGGGAGCAGCGGGAGCAGCGGGAGCAGCAGCAGGGGGAAGCAGGGGGAGCAGUACCAGCUGCUGCUGCUGCUGCUGCUGCACAGUGCAGCAGCAGCAGCAGCUAA